AUAAAAAAAGAAAGUGGUGAUGUAAAAUCACUCCUCAGAUUCGAGAAUAAAUGGGAAGAAACGCAUAAAGGGCCACAACGUUGGGCUCAGACAGAGUCUUCACCUUCGCUUCACAGCGAUUAGGGUUUCUCUUUCUCUCUCUCGCUCGCGCGCGCGCGCACUUUCAGUUUGCAUCUAUAGUGAUGGGUUGGUUUAGAGCUGGGUCCGGUGUAGCAAAGCUUGCUGUUAGGAGAACUCUAUCUCAGGGUGGAUCAUAUGCAGCGAGAGCACGAAUCCUCCCCUCACAGAAUCGGUAUUUUCACACCACUGUCUUUAGAUCAAAGGCGCAAACCGCACCUGUCCCUCGUCCUGUGCCCCUCUCUAGGCUAACUGACAGCUUCCUAGAUGGGACAAGCAGUGUCUACUUGGAGGAGCUUCAAAGGGCUUGGGAAGCCGACCCGAGUAGUGUGGAUGAGUCAUGGGACAAUUUCUUUAGAAAUUUUGUGGGUCAAGCUUCCACGUCCCCUGGAAUUUCAGGCCAAACAAUUCAAGAGAGUAUGCGGUUGCUGUUGCUUGUGAGGGCUUACCAGGUUAAUGGUCACAUGAAAGCCAAGUUGGAUCCUUUGGGUUUGGAAGAACGAGAAAUCCCUGAAGAAUUGGACCCUGCUCUUUAUGGAUUCACUGAAGCUGAUCUUGAUAGAGAAUUCUUUUUGGGUGUAUGGAGGAUGUCUGGGUUUUUGUCUGAGAACCGACCGGUGCAGACCCUUAGAUCCAUAUUGACCCGGCUUGAGCAGGCUUACUGUGGUAGCAUUGGGUAUGAGUACAUGCACAUUGCAGAUCGUGAUAAAUGUAAUUGGUUAAGAGAGAAGAUUGAAACACCAACACCGACGCAAUACAAUCGGCAGCGCCGGGAAGUAAUUCUUGAUAGGCUGAUGUGGAGUACACAGUUUGAAAACUUUUUGGCUACUAAGUGGACAACAGCGAAGAGGUUUGGGCUUGAAGGUGCGGAGACUCUGAUUCCGGGCAUGAAGGAGAUGUUUGAUAGGGCAGCAGACCUUGGGGUUGAGAGCAUAGUUAUUGGAAUGCCUCACAGAGGAAGAUUGAAUGUAUUGGGUAAUGUGGUUAGGAAGCCACUGCGUCAGAUUUUUAGUGAGUUUAGUGGUGGCACAAAGCCUGUGGAUGAAGUUGGGCUUUAUACAGGAACUGGAGAUGUCAAGUAUCACCUAGGAACUUCUUAUGAUCGACCAACUAGAGGUGGAAAGAGAAUACAUUUGUCUUUGGUUGCAAAUCCAAGUCACUUGGAAGCUGUGGACCCAGUUGUUGUUGGAAAAACUAGAGCAAAGCAAUAUUACUCAAAUGACGUGGACAGGACCAAGAAUAUGGGCAUUUUGAUUCACGGAGAUGGUAGCUUUGCUGGGCAAGGUGUAGUAUAUGAGACUCUACAUCUUAGUGCUCUUCCAAACUACUCUACUGGUGGCACUAUACACAUAGUGGUGAACAACCAAGUUGCCUUUACAACUGAUCCGAGGGCAGGCAGAUCUUCACGGUAUUGUACUGAUGUUGCCAAAGCCUUGAAUGCCCCAAUAUUCCAUGUAAAUGCUGAUGAUAUGGAAGCAGUUGCUCAUGUUUGUGAGCUUGCAGCUGAGUGGCGCCAGACUUUCCAUUCAGAUGUUGUUGUUGAUUUAGUGUGUUAUCGUCGUUUUGGUCACAAUGAGAUUGAUGAGCCAUCCUUCACACAGCCCAAAAUGUACAAGGUUAUCCGUAAUCACCCAUCAACUCUUGAGAUCUAUCAAAGGAAACUUUUAGAAUCCGGGCAGGUGACUAAGGAAGACAUUGAUAAGAUACAGGAUAAGGUCAAUACAAUCCUCAAUGAAGAAUUCUUGGCUAGCAAAGAUUAUGUUCCUAAAAGAAGGGACUGGCUUGCGUCUCACUGGUCUGGCUUCAAAUCACCUGAACAGCUUUCACGUAUCCGAAACACUGGUGUAAAACCAGACAUUUUGAAGAAUGUUGGCAAAGCAAUCACAGUCUUUCCAGAAAACUUUAAGCCUCACAGAGCAGUGAAGAAGGUCUAUGACCAACGUGCUCAAAUGAUUGAAACAGGUGAAGGCAUUGACUGGGCAGUUGCAGAAGCACUUGCUUUGGCUACAUUGCUAGUAGAAGGUAAUCAUGUUCGAUUGAGUGGUCAGGACGUUGAAAGAGGCACAUUUAGUCAUCGCCAUGCAGUAGUUCAUGAUCAGGAAACAGGGGAGAAGUAUUGCCCUCUAGACCAUGUUGUCAUGAACCAAAAUGAGGAGUUGUUCACUGUUAGCAACAGUUCUCUUUCGGAGUUUGGUGUUCUUGGCUUUGAGUUAGGUUACUCUAUGGAAAAUCCAAACUCAUUGGUAAUAUGGGAAGCCCAAUUUGGCGAUUUUUCUAAUGGGGCUCAAGUUAUAUUUGAUCAGUUUUUGAGCAGUGGGGAGUCCAAGUGGCUUCGUCAAACUGGGCUUGUUGUGCUGCUUCCUCAUGGUUAUGAUGGGCAGGGUCCUGAACAUUCUAGUUCACGGUUGGAGCGUUUUCUUCAGAUGAGUGACGACAAUCCUUAUGUUAUCCCUGAGAUGGAUCCCACUCUUCGGACGCAAAUUCAGGAAUGCAAUUGGCAGGUCGUUAAUGUCACAACUCCUGCUAAUUACUUUCAUGUCUUGCGGCGUCAAAUACACAGGAAAUUCCGUAAGCCUCUCAUCGUGAUGGCUCCUAAAAACUUGCUUCGUCACAAGGACUGCAAAUCCAAUUUGUCUGAGUUUGAUGAUGUCCAAGGCCACCCAGGUUUUGACAAACAGGGGACAAGAUUUAAGCGCCUUAUAAAGGACCAGAAUGACCACUCCGACCUUGAGGAGGGUAUUAGACGUCUGGUCCUUUGCUCUGGAAAGGUUUAUUACGAGCUCGAUGAGCAGCGGAAAAAGGUGGAUGCGAAGGAUGUUGCAAUAUGUAGGGUGGAGCAGCUUUGCCCCUUCCCAUAUGACCUCAUCCAGCGGGAGCUGAAGCGAUAUCCAAAUGCGGAGAUUGUCUGGUGCCAGGAAGAGCCAAUGAACAUGGGUGGAUAUAGCUACGUUGCACCCCGCCUUUGGACUGCCAUGAAAGCACUAGGCAGAGGAGCUAUUGAGGACAUCAAGUACAUUGGCCGUGCUCCAUCCGCUGCCACAGCGACUGGUUUCUAUCAGGUUCACGUUAAGGAACAGAACGAUCUUGUGCACAAAGCCGUGCAGCGCGAACCAAUAAACUAUCCUUUUUAAGUUAUUUUCAAAAAUGAUUUCAAGAGAAGAAAAAUUACACAUUUAAGGGUUUACAUCUACUAGUCUCCCCGAAGAUUGACCUUUGAUUUUAGCGUGUUACAGUUUUCAGCAUUCCCUUCAGCCAAGGGACGAGGGUAUUUCACACCAGUUGAACUGCAUCUAAAAGUAUAUAUACUCCGAUACUCGGUAUGUGCCAGCAAAGAAAAUUGUUUAAAAUUGUAAUAAUGAUUACUUCUAUGCUGCAUUAUCUUUAUUACUAGGAGGUUUUGGAUUAGCAA